GAGCCUGAGACCAGGAGGGAGGGAUAGAUGUGAUGCUUCUGGCCAAGAACCCCUUGGCCCAGGCCUAGUCAACUUCCAAUUCCUCUAUCCAAAGUUAGGAUCUUAUUAACUAACUCUUAAAGAAUUCUCUGAACCUCCCCGUCCCUGCUCCGGCCAAGAUUUGGUCCUCCCAGUUCUGCCCUACAUCAGAGUGAAGUUCCAGAGGGAAGAGCAAAUUCAUUCCACCUACUGGCCAAACUUCCCACUGCAGCCUAAUGAGCAUCUCAAGAAAGUGAAUUUGCUUGUCCCAAGAAUUUUCCAUCACCAUACUAACUUCCCUCUCCCUGGUUAACUCAAGUCCUUUAGGUACCUGCUGAGCCUCGCUCAUGGUGUCUCAGGUUGUUGAACCAGCCAUCAUAGCGCUGGACUUCCCAGGAUAUGUUGAGAGACUUUUGGGCCCCUGCAGGCAAAGAAUUUCUUGUUCUCUCCUUCCUUAGACUUCCAAUGUCCUUAAGGAGUUCCCCCUCUUUCCUCAGGAAUCUGGUAAUUGCUUCUGGCCCUCCCCAGUUACUCAUUCCUAAAGCCUGCCUGAGGACAUGUAGAUUCCCUUCUCCCCAAGAAUAAUGACUGUCUUUACCCCUAAAGUCUAGAGUAUCCCAACCUGCCCAAACCAGCUGGACCUGAAUGGAGGCUGGUCAGAGAGAAGGUAAGGUUCAUUGAGUUGGGAGCUGAUUCAAAUGGUCUUCUAGCCUUUCAGAGGAAGAGUAUUGACCCUUUCCCCUUCACCUUGAUUUCUGCUUUUCCCAUCUUGAGGUCCAGAAGGAGAAACUGAGGAAAAGAGGCUUAUACCAUCUGAAUUUCUGCUCCCUUCAGGGCAUCUCAUACUUACCCACUGGAUCCCAGUGUCCAAUCAGAACAAUCUGCAGUACCAGAAGCCAUGUACUGCACAUGAUGAUCCCAGGGUCUAGGGGGCAAGAUGGAAGGAGGAUGGAACUUGCUUGGGAUAGACAAGCCCCUACUCCUACAGUCGGUACAGGCAUGGAGACCACAAAUCUCUCCUCAACACUUGUCUUAAUGGUUAGCAUCUAUUUGCCCCCAUUAUAGAAAGUGAAACUGGUAUAGAAUCAAAGUAGGUAGGCCUCUCCAAAGUAGACCCUCCAAUCUCCUCUGACACUGGGCCAGAAGUUUCUAUUAGAGACACUUAUCUGCUGUUCUUCAUAAGCUUCUAUCCUUCCCUUCUUCCUCCCCCACUACGCCAGUAUGGCUCAAUGGAAAGGCCACUAGGUUAGGAAUAAGGAGACCUGUAUUCUUCCUAACUUUGGUUUUCCUAUUCACACAUCUCUCAUAGCCUCAUUUUCCUCGUAUGUAAAAAUGAAGGGCCUGUACUAUCAGUAUCUAUGGUACUUUCUAGCCCCCAAAAGUCUAUGAUUCCUCACCCCACAUAUAUACACCUAUUAAAAACCUUCAGGGUUUCACAUAUUCUGUUUCCUCCCUGUGGUUUGAUGCUUCCUUGUUCUUUCCUCAACUCCACAUCACUCAGGAGUGAGAAGAAGGGAACAGAAAUGAAGAUGGGGGCAAGGGGUCAGUAUUAAUUAGUGGACUGGGAGUAGGAAUAUGUAGGAUAAAGAAUUGAGGGCCAGUUAGUCAGAUGCUCCUAGAGCCAUUGUGCUUGCUGGAAGGAGCUGAAUGACCACAAAAUACAAAAGGAAUAUGGUAGUGGGGUAUGUGUGUAUGGGGAGGGCGAUCCUCAAAUAUCAGUUCCUUAGAAGGCCCCCUUCUGAAAGGAGAAGAAAGAACUCCUUCAAUCUUCACAUAGUAUAUGAAACCCUAUUCAUGUUUCUUUUUCUGUCAAAGCGGUGUGGCAAGGAAAGCACCUGACCUGGAUUUGAAAAAGGACUCCCCGGCUGUGUGACCCGGACAAAUUACUUAACCUCUCUGGGUUUUCGUUUCCUCAUCUGUAAAACCACGGGUUUGGGCUGGGUCAUUCCUCUUACCCUCUCAGCUACAGAUUUCGUCCCUCUUACCUUGUGAUCUGUCUCCAUUUCCCUCACCUGGCUGCCCUUCCUUCCCUAGAUCUCUAGAGGUUUGUGUACUUACCUCCAGCCCUCCUCGUUUUCUUGAAGAUCUGUAGUCUCCUGUCAAGGGUCCGCUCAGAUUCGAGUCUGGCCCGGAAUGUGAGCCUCUGGGCUGUCGGCUAGUCUACAGCUCCAGGUCCACCCGCCCGAGAGGGCUUUCCUCUGAUUUGCAUAAAAUCACACCCGGAGGUAUGACCAGUUGACCUAACACCCCGCCCUUCAUUUGCAUAACCCCCUUUCCCCACCUCUAGUCCUGGACUCCAGGGGGGGAAAUCGGGGCUCACUUGAACCGCUCUACUAUAAAAGGGUCUGUAGCCUGAAACGGAACUCUCAAAAAGCUAGACGGAGCAGACAAAACUGAGAGAGAGUAGAGAGCUGGACAGCACCGGUGAGAAAGAGCCGGAUUCUGGCCUCGGAUGCCCUAGCAUAGAGUAGCUCUUGAGGGCGCUCGGUGUGAAGGGAACUGGAGCGCCUGGGGGGAGCAGUGCCCAUGGGGACGGCUCUCACCUUCUCUCCUGGAGAGAGAAGAACCCUUGAGCUCUGUUCUGGGUCUGAUUGACCAGCUUGCUGUGUUUGGGAUAUCUCUCACCCGCCCCUGCUCCCUUGUAUGUAGCCAGAGGGUGAGAUGCUGUGGGAAUAUACUGAGGAAAGAUGUAGGGAAGGACGUGGGGAGGGGGACCAUAUUAAAAUCUCCUUCUCUCCUAAUCUCAGGUUGCUGGCUGUAGGACAAGUGGAUUUCUGUCACUCGGACCCCCUGAUCUUUCCUCUGGUGAUAGGCAACAUGACGUUGUUCAACGGAGAACUGCCUUUCUACCCCAGACCCCAUUUUGCCGCCGGUAUCAGCGUGCCCCUGUUAGUGGUCAUCGUAGUAUUCUUGGCUUUGGCAGCCAGUUUCCUACUCAUUCUUCCUGGAAUCCGCGGUCACUCGCGCUGGUACUGGUGUGUUCGCAUUCUCAUCAGUCUGUUCAUAGGUGCAGAGAUUGUAGCGGUGAACUUCAGCGGAGAAUGGUAUGUGGGCCGAGUAAGAGCCAACACUUCCUACAAGGCUUUCACCUCUGCCCAAGUCGAUGCAGAUAUUGGCAUGCAAGUUGGAUUAGAAGGAGUCAACAUCACGCUCAGAGGAGUCCCAGUGUACCAACUGAACGAGACCAUCAACUACAACGAAAAGUUUAGCUGGCGAUUUGGAGACAAGUACGAGGAGGAAUACGAAGAGGCGCUACAGCGGGGGCUGCCUAACCCGGUGCUCUACCUAGCGGAGAAAUUCACCCCGGCCAGUCCCUGUGGCUUGUACCGCCAAUACCGACUGGCGGGACAUUAUGCUUCAGCUACACUCUGGGUAGCAUUUUGCUUCUGGCUGCUUUCCAACGCGCUGCUCUCCAUGCCGGUCCCACUUUAUGGAGGGCUCUCUCUGCUGUUCGCUGGCGCCUUCGUUUUCUUUGCUAUCUUCUCCUUCGUUUCCAUCUCCAGUGUGCCCCUAUGCCCGAUCCACCUAGGCUCGAAACUUCUCACCACCCACUAUGGGGUAGCCUUCUGGAUCACGCUGGCCACAGGUAUCUUAUGCCUCCUUCUGGGAGGGAUGGUGGUGUGUCUACACUACACAAAGCCUAGCGCCCUGCGAACUUUCUUGGACCUGAGCGACGACCACGUAGUCCAAGCCAAGAGCGAGAUACCCCAUUUCUACAGCAAUCCGCUUCACCUGUCCCCAAAAUGCAAACAGGCGACCCCAGACAUACAGCUCACUGUUCACUUGUAGCGGACCUUUACGCUCCGGACUUUUGUUCCCCAGCUCAGAGGGUGCGUGGGAGUCGUUUGGGAUAUAAGGGGCCUUUUGGACCUCCCCCCUCCACUCUCCGCGGGCGGAGAGAGAAGGCAUCGCAGCUGUCUCCCCUCUAAGAGUAGGGGCAGUUGGGCGGCGAUUGUAAAUACUUUUUUUUUUUUUUAAUUAAAAAGCAAAAACAAAAAAACCCUUCUGA